GAAUACAGUCACUGACAUAACACAAUAGUAAUACAUGACUAGAGCAGUUGUCAUAUUACUUUAUGUUUUAUCUCCUUCAUAUUAACUGGUUGAGUUUAUGAUUAUGAUACAGGAUGUAUUGAUAUGUGUUUUUUUUAUCUUGAUUAGUCACUCAUUUGACAUUUAAUUUUGUCAAAACAGAAAGUAGUUUUCCUAAUAUCAUAAUGGAUUUUGAAUAAUCUUAAAAUAGAAUUUAGUGAUUUUUUGUCACAGUGGAAUCAAUAUUGUAAUAAACAGUUUAAAAAACUAAAUUAGGAAAGAGGAAGUAGGAGAAGAUUAUUUAUUUAUUUAUUAUUUCUCUGUCUUAAUUUUGUAUUUGCAAUACAGCAGUUGAAUAAUGUUACCUGUGGAUUAAAUAUGUUUAACUAUCUCUCCAAGUUCAAUCAAUAUAAUUUGGAACAUUAUACUUUAAAAUAAAAAAAAUGCCUUUUUUUGGAAAAGGCAAGAACAAAAAUAGACGGAGGUGUUUUUACACUGACCAGCUUGUGAAAGAUUAUUCUGUGGGACGAAGUCUUUGUGAACUAUAUUUUCCAUCUCCAAGUCUGGAUUUGGAUGAGUUUGGUGCUAUAAAGGAAGUUUGUAUUUCGGGCGAUCUGGAAAUGAUCUCUACCAAAGAUUGCACAAUUCAUUUGUGUGAAAUCCCAAAUUUUCCUGCAAACUGUCCGUUUCAUUUGGAUGACACGGGACAAACUAGCGAGGUUUGUUUGAGUAUAGACCUCCGUACCAGGAAGACCGGGGAUCUCAGUUAUACUGUACGCGACAAAUAUUGGCACGAGAUUCGCAAGAAAGUUGGCAAAUGGCAGCGGUUUCUGAUCCACUUUGAUGAUGCUGACAACAAUUUUGUUGAGUUGGAACAAAAGCUAGAAAACACCCUUGCUCUUGUGAAUGAGGCUAAGCCUUGCAGCUUAUUUCUUCUGGUAGCUGUGCAAUCCCCGGCAGAGAAACGCAAGAGUCAGCUGAAUAACAGACACAGUCGGAUAUCGCUGGCCGACCUACAGAUAGUGACUGGGCAAGACAGAAGCAGCCCUCAGGUAUUAGAUGAUUCUGAUAGUGAUAAUGACGAUGCAUUUGGAACAGACAAUGGUGUUCCUCUGAACCAUACAGAUGGUGAUACUCUGGGAAUUGAAGCUGACCUGAUACCACCUCCCUUUGACGACAUAGCUCCAUAUGAUCCAGACGGCAUUUUGCAGACUCUAGCGAGGUAUCCAACAAUAUUUGAAAGUGUGGACAAUUCCAGUGUGUUGACAAACAUCAGCAAUCUCUGUGAUAGCCUUCAUAUUCAUCCUAACGAGUUACCGCAGACACUCGAGUCCAUUUUGAAAUCAGCAGCGGAGAUAACUUUGUCGGGUAAUAUUUGUGAUAUAAAUGAAGACAAAUCUGCCCCAGAAAAGGAUAAUUGCACUGAUGGUGGUAAAGAGUCUAAUUUUCCGACCUAUUUUUCUUUGGGACAGUUUAAAUCAGACAUUGAGGAUCAUGAUAAACAUGGACCUAGUCCAAUCAAACCAAAAUUAAAUUCCACAUACUUUCCAAUGGGAGUAGUAAAAAGAAGUUCACCAGAAAUAAGGGAGAGAAAAAUGUCAGACAGUUCAAAGCCGAGUCUAAAGUUGAAGAAGUGUCAAGAGACCGCUAAGUUGCUACAGACAGCUAUAAAUAGCAGUGAUGUUCAGCAUGCGCAGGAGUACGCCAAACAAUUGGCAGUCGAGAAAGUUGAGGUGGAUAUUGAUGUCAAGUUAAAAGAAAACAAGGAAGAAGAAAACCAGUUUGAUUUGAAAGUGAGUAUCGAGGACAAGGAAGCUUCAGGCGUGUGUAUUACUCUCAAAGUCCGUGCCACAGAUACCUUACGGGAUCUCAAAAAUAAGAUGUUGCUGAAGCACAGUUUCCCGGUUGAAGUCCAGCGGUGGAUUAUUGGUCAGCGGAUUCCCAUGGAUAACGAGACCCUUGCUCAGUGUAGGGUGAAAAACCACGGAUAUACAUGCUUCCUGUAUCUUAUGUCCGCCAAGUCUGUCGGCCUCUCGCGGGAAGAGUUCCGAAAAAAGCAAGAAAUGCUGCUGAAUCCAAAUGCUGCCCUAGGAGCCAUGGGCCCAGCAGGUCCUUGUGUGGAUGUUACACCAGGCCGGGGACCAAGGAGCCCUGCCCCGAGCCCUUCCCCCCUUGUGCAGGAAGUGCAUGUACAUGUGGAACAAGAUGCCAAACUCAAGGCAAGUGUGGACAACUUUAACAUCAAGGAAGAGAAGAAGACUCCAGAGAAAAUGAAGGAAAAAUUCCAGCAGAGGCAGGCAGCAAAUCCCCAGACUCGAUAUAGGGGACAUGUUGAGGUUCCAAUACAUGGAGCAGUUGGCCAAACAGAGGCUGACAUACGUGAUGUGCUUAACACAAUUGCUCCAAAACUCGCUGCCAUGAAUAUCGGGGCACGGCAACCAGUUGAGGAUGAGGAACCACAACAAGGAUGGCACUGUGAAGCAUGCACAUAUAUCAACCUACCCACACGUCCAGGGUGUGAGGUGUGUUCAAGUGCAAGGCCACUGGACUACAUGAUGCCACCAGACUACAUGAUUACGGACGAAGAAAAGAAGAGACUCGAACUGGAGGAGCUUAUAGAGAAACAGACCAGGGAGGCCCAGAUGGAGGAGCGUAACCAGAACUUCCAGCAGCUCCAGGCCGCGGACACAGACAAUGUCAUCUCCAACAUGCAUGAGUUCACAUGCCCAAUUUGCUUCGAGGAUAUUCCACGCGGAGAUGGAGUGGUUCUCAGAGAGUGCCUUCACUCAUUCUGCAAGGAUUGUCUACGUGAUGCUGUCAAAUACAACGAGGAGCCGGUUUUAAAGUGCCCGUUCCAAGACGAGAACUACACUUGUAAUGGCGUGCUGCAGGACAGGGAGGUGAAAGGGCUUGUAAAUGCGGAGCUGUACGGGAAAUAUCUAGCAAGAAGCCUAUCAACAGCAGAGAGUCAGGCAAAUAACAGCUUCCACUGCAAGACAAUGGACUGCCCCGGAUGGUGCAUCUACGAGGACCUUGUAAAUUUCUUCGUGUGUCAGGUCUGCGGCAUAGAGAACUGCCUUACGUGUAAAGCUAUACACACAGGGAUGAACUGUAAGCAGUACCAGGACGAUCUUAACGCCAGAUCAACCAACGACAAAGCGGCAAGCCAGACUAAGAUCAUGAUCAAGAAGAUGCUUGAUGACGGAGAAGCCAUGAACUGCCCGCAGUGCAAGGUGAUAGUGAUGAAGAAGGAGGGCUGUGAUUGGAUUAUGUGUUCCAUCUGUAAAACAGAGAUCUGCUGGGUCACAAAGCAGGCCAGAUGGGGACCCAUGGGUAAUGGUGACAUAUCAGGAGGCUGCAAGUGUCGAGUGAAUGGUGUAAUGUGUCAUCCUAACUGUAACAACUGCCACUGACAGAGAUGCAUGAUAGUCCCAAAUAUCUUUUACAAUUGUCCCAAAUAUAUUUUACAAUCAUGAUGAUCAUGUCAUUAAUAUAGACUUUUCAUGAUAUUGAUCCAGAAACAGUUCAUGUUAACUCUGAUGAUGUUUGCGAAUAGAUACCAAUGUGUUGUUGAUAUAAAUGGACACAACUGGAUUAGUUUUAUAUAUUUAAUUUAUCCUGUUUAUGUAAAUAUGUAUGGUAUAUUUGGUAUUUUGUGAUGAUUUACGACACGGUCAAUUCAUUCUUUCUUAUUCUCUGUGAUUGUACGUAUAUUUUUGUUAUUGUUAGAAGUGAUGAGGUUCUAGUUUUAUAAAACAUUUUUUAGACUGUAAAUAUCUAGUAAAAGUAUUUAUUUGUCAUACUGACAAUUCAAAAGUUGAUGUUUAAUAUGCAGUUCCAAUUUUUUUUACAUUUCCAGGUUAUGAUAUUGCAAUAGUUAAAUAAUGAAAGCAAUAAUUUUGGGGUUACAUUUUUCAUUUUGUGUAUGAAAACACUCUGCUAUUAGUCCCAUGCUGGCAUUUAAAAAUAAAAGCGCCACAGCGUAAGCUUGCCUGUUAUUUUACAGUUGUAAAAGGGGCAUAACUCGACAGUUGUUACAGCCAAAAUUAUGGGCAUCACUGAAAAAGUGCAUAUAUUGUCUUUGGUAACAUGUAUACCAAGUUUCAUUUGAAAGGUGCCGAAAACACGGAAUUUCUACCUUAUGAAACAAUAGUAGAUCACGGUAAAUCUUUUAGCACUCACCUAUCAUUUAAUAUUUUUACGUUUUCAGCUAUUAAAUACAUGGUUACUGUCUUGUUGUCGGCAAUUUAUGUUUUCCAUAAAUGCAUCAUUUAGUAAGUAGUUAAAGGUUUAUCACUCAAAAUUAUGUUUGUUAUGCAUGUGUAUGCAUUGACUUUGAAUAAGAAUGUCAUUUAACUGGGUAACAAAGUCAAGCACUGAAUAUAGCUGGCUGCCUUUUUAUUAUCAUUUAGAAAAUAUACACAGUGUUUGUUAAUCAGACAAGUUUGCGCAGCAUAAAGAAUUAAACAUGUGUACAGUAUUAUAUACUUAAGUUAAUAUGAAAUAUACUCUUUAGUACACUA